GCACCGUCCAGCUAAACAAGCGCCUCCAAACCACGUGACUAUGGCGGAAGGUUUCUCAUGGGAAGAAGUGCACAGAUCAGGAAAGGGACUUGAAGAUGUCAGCAGUGUUAGUUGUGCACGGUGGAGCGUGGGCCAUACCGGAUGAACUGGCCAAGGCCUCUGUUGAUGGGGUGAAAACUGCAGCAUGCGAGGGGUUUUCGGUGCUGAAAAGAGGAGGGAGUUCGCUGGAUGCUGUUGAGGCAGCUGUGAGGACUUUGGAAGAUAACACUGUGUUUAAUGCAGGGCAUGGAGCAGCAUUAAACACUGAUGGAGAGGUGGAGCUGGAUGCCAUUGUCAUGGAUGGACGGACGCUUGCCUGUGGCGCUGUGUCUUCAGUACAGAACAUUGCCAACCCUGUAUCACUGGCACGAGCAGUGAUGGAGAAGACUUCCCACGUCAUGUUGACAAGCAGAGGUGCAAACCAGUUUGCAGAGAGCAUCGGUGUUCCCACAGUUCCCACUGAUAAACUGGUGACUGAGUACGAGAGGAAGGAAUGGGAGAAGCAGAAGACUUAUGUUACGGGAGUAAUGGAAGAUUUCAACUCUCAGUGGGCCCAUGAUACUGUCGGGGCAGUUGCUGUGGACAGUGCUGGUAAUGUUGCAUGUGCAACAUCAACUGGAGGGAUCAGAAAUAAAAUGGUUGGCAGAGUAGGAGACUCUCCAAUCAUUGGCUCUGGAGGAUACGCGGACAACUUUAGUGGUGCAGUGUCUUGUACUGGUCAUGGAGAAUCUAUUCUUAAAGUCACACUGGCCAGACUCAUUCUGUCACAUAUUGAACAAGGUAAAUCCGUAGCAGAUGCCUCCCGGUUGUCUUUGAAGCACAUGGGCGACCGUGUCCGAGGUGCUGGAGGUGCAAUUGUUGUGUCUCCAUCAGGGCAGUGGGCUGCCACAUUUACCACAGAGCGAAUGGCUUGGGCUGCUGUGGAACAUGAUGUGCUGUGGUAUGGAUUAGACCCGAAUGAAAAAAUACAAGAAAAGCUAGCUCAGUAAUAGUUUAAAUAGUUUUUUUUUCUCCUAUCAGUCACCACACUGAACACUGUAACAUGGAACUGCAUUUCAAGUAUGUUUUCUAAUACCUCACUGUGGUUGGAAUCACCUAGAGUGAACAUUUGCUACUGUUGACUAUAGUCACAUUAAAUGAGAUAAAUGAGAAAUGAUAAGCUAUGCACUGCAUAAAAUGAAACAUCAAUUGUGAAAGAUGAAAGUUUAACAUAUUACAUUUACAAAUAUAGAUUGUGUGAUUUUUUUUUUUUUUUUUUAGAUUUUUCCCACAUUUUCUCUAAAGAACUGUAAAAUGUGGAGACUCUCAAGGUCUCAUUUUGGAAAGACUGUAUCAAAAGUACAUUUUGUGAGAUCACAAUAUGGACAAUACAAUUUGCCUGAAUAAAAGCUAACGGAUGAAGCUAAUAGAAGACGUACAUGUGUACAUGGGUUAUCCCUCCAAUUAGAUCGAUUAGCCUUAUAUAGUACAUUUCAAUGUCAUUAUCUGUUGUCGGUCUGACUACAAUGUGCCUUUAAAUUCAGCAUUAAAAUGCUUGUUUUGUUAGCGCUUUUCAAUUCCGGCCAGAGAACUGUUGGUUUUAAGUGCUGAAUUCUUAACUGACAACAAUCAAGUCAUAUAGGAGAGUAAAGUCAUAUAUAGAGCUGCUCUUUUUUUGUAAUUUGGGGCCUUCAAUAAAAUUUGCACUUGAGUCUGAACUAAUCAACUGAUAGAAAUACUGCAUGUUUGUGAAAUAUAUCUGCCUUUAAAAAAAAAAAAAAACACCAGCAAUGGCCGCUUCCUGUUGUCCAAAGCUUUUUGGUUUUCAAUGCUCUCAAAGCACCUCUGCUAUAAUGGACUGUUGGAGGGUUGUUAACAUAACAAUAGUCAUAUUCAUGAGCCUCCACUUCAUUUUGCCAGCAGUAUUGUUGGCCUCCCCUAAUCCUUUGAAACAAUGGCAGCUCAACCAGAGACAGUCAUUGUAUACAAACCUGGGAAUUAGAAUAAGGAAAUACAGACAUGUGCUCCCACUAUGACAGAUCUAGGGGCAAAUCUGAAUGCCUGCUUCACAUGGUGCUAUUUCAUGUAAAACCUGGAGAAAGGAAUUGAGAAAAAUACAAGAUUGUGUUUUUAGAAGAAUUAAAUAAUACUUUUGACAGCAAUAUCCUUGUUUGGAUACAUAUUUGCAUACUAUAUUGUUCUAAUUGUUUUGAAAAUAUCCCUUGUAUGUAAUGAAUCCCGCAUGUGGCCUAUUUUACACAAUGUGCAAAGGCUAGAACCUGCUUUUCAAGUAUUUCUCAAGCCAGAGUAAGACAAAUAUUUCACUGUGUAACUGUGAUAUAAGUAAAUAAAUUGAUAUUUUUUCACCUCAAA